GGAAACCAGAUUCCGGGAACUGGAGAUACCAGCCUCCAUAUUUUCUUUUUUUCGGUACUUGUAUUUCUGGAAAUAACCGUGACUUACUGAUGGGUAGAAUGGCCGUCCAUUCUGUGUCUCUCAGUUCCUAUUUUCUUUACUCUAGUUGGCGCAUGUUUAAUGACCGAUCUCUGUGUGUUAGGCACCACACUAGGCACGUUGAGAAACAAAGAUAAGGAAGGACAGGCGUCCCUGAGUCUGUAACUGAUUCACAGCAAUGCGGAACGUUGAGUGUGAGAACAAGCAACUAGGUCAGCGCGUGUGUUAGGGUUGAGCCUAGUUUGCUAAGGGUGGAAAUGAACUGGAUGAACUAGUAAACAGUCUUUUCUUGCAUUGGGCUGAGCAGUGUGCUUGGUAUACAGAGAUGAAGCAGAUGAGGUCUUUGUCCUUGUUGUUCACAGUUUGUGGAAAUCAGAGAAAGGUGUGAUGGUGUAAGAAUUUUGGGGAGGGGGUGUUGGGAUGAAUCAUGACAGGGUGUGAAAGGUUAGAGAUUUGGGAAUAAAGUAUGGCUUCUGAGGGGGGUAGCUUUUGGAACACAUGCAGGAGAGUUCCUCUUCUAAGAAGUGAAAGGAAAUGAGGGUGAUCAAAAGAAAUUUGAGAUGGAGUAGAGGAUUUAGCUCUGAGGUCAGUGAAGGCAGAGAUUUUCAAAGAGUAUGGGGUAGGAUGGGUAAGAACUUGGUUCUGAACUAGCCACACAUCUCAUGUUCCUGGGAAGUUUUUUACAACCUAACCUACUCCAGACUUCUUAAAUCAGAAUCUCUUGGAGGUGGGGGAUCCAGCUUAGGUAUGUUUUAAAAGCUACCCAGGGAAUUCUAACAUGCAGGCCGGGUUGAAUAUCACUGUGCUAGAGAAUGGAAGAACAGAAAGAGCUAGAUAUUUGGAAGUUAGGUGAAGAGAAGAUUGACCAGAAUAACCUGUGUUUAUUUUACAUCCAGUCAUUCACCGUAGACUUUCUUUCUCGCCUGGGAGGGAGUAAAACAGAUGAUUGACACUGUGGGUGUGUUGGAAGUUUCAAGGAAGCAAGAAAUAAAAUAAUGACUGUAGUUUACUAUCAUUUUUGACUGUCUGCCACAUACCAGGUACUGACAUUCAUCCUUACAGGAACCCAGCAAAAGGAGUAGUGCUGUAUGAGUAACGGUCAAGAGGUCUUGGUGGUUAGUAAGAUAGUUAAGUGGAAGUCACAGGCAAUCAGCAUAAUGAAACUUGGAGGAAGGUAGCAAAUGGUGGCCAGAGAGCAAGCUCCUAAGCCAUAUGCUGAAGUCUGAGAAAGGAAGGGUGGGAUCUCAGAGGCAGGUGUGGGAAGAAUGAUUCCAGCCAAUGGUGUGCGCUUUGGGAGGUGGAGUGGGAGUGUGGGUGGGUGUGUCAUGGUUCAUGGAGCACAGGACCAAACACCGGGAGAGGGAGGAGUCAAAUGUCUCUGGAGAUGUGGUCAAGGAGCAGUGUUCCAAAAAGUUGGUUUUCAGUUGUAUUGUCUGUUCCAGGACUCUUAAAUUCCCCAGACUCCUUGGUAAGAGCGAAUGACACUCUAGGCUUGGAGGAGGUCCAGCAAAGGCUUCAUGAUGGAGUGAUCAGAGACAUUGAGAGACAAAAUCGGAAAAAAGAAAACAUUCGUCUUUUGGGAGAACAGAUUAUUUUGACUGAGCAACUUGAAGCAGAAAGAGAGAAGAUGUUAUUGGCAAAAGGAUCUCAAAAAACAUGACUUGAAAUGGAUGUCAAA